AAUAUCGAUAAAACUCUUAGUUGACAAAAAUAACUUCGGUAAAAUUGGAUCGAUAAAAGAAAGAGAGUGAAAUAUUUUGAUCGGUAAAAAAUCUUAUUCACUGAGCGAAAAUUUAGUCACUUCCAUUUUUAACCUGUAACGUGCUUUGAAAAAAGUUUAUCUUACUUUCCAUGAAUCUUUUUUGUGAGUUGUUUUAACGGAAGAGAUUUUUUGCUGAGUCAGCCAAUAUUAAACGAGGUUCGCUGUGGUUGCUCCACGUGAGCAAACAGGCUGUGUAAUGAACACACGUAAGUUUUAGAAGAACUUGUUGAAUCACUUGCACAAACACACACUCUGUCGUUUAUUUAUUAAUAAAAAAACUUGAAAAAUAACUGCAAUAAGAUGGAGAGCAGUAAGUCCAAUAAAAAAAUUAAAACUCAUACUUGAUCUUAGAUAAUUUCAAGUAUAACCAAAAAUAUGAAUUUUCUACUAGUUUUCAUCUUCGUUGCCACUAUCGUCUGUGUUCACACACACGAAGAUCAUAAUCACGUUAUAUCAGAAAGUGAACACUAUAAAAAAGGAAGCGAACAUAAUACUGACUAUGACCAUGACGCUUUUCUGGGAAAGGGACAUGGUCAUGAUUUUGACAGUUUGGAACCUGAAGAAGCGAAAAGAAGACUUGCUUUACUGAUAAAAAAGGUUGAUAAAAAUAGCGAUGCAUUUGUUGAAUAUGACGAGCUUCAGAAAUGGAUUAACUUACAACGCACUGCUUACAUGUGGGACACGAUUGACAUGAUCAUUCGAAGAGAUGACGACGAUAAAAAUGGCGAAAUAUCUUGGCCCGAAUACAAACGUGCUCACUAUGGACAGUGGGAUGAUGAAGCUUCUAUUGAUCCGAAACUUAAAGUGAAGAUCGAGAAAGCAAAGCAUAAAUUUGAAAUCUCUGACGUCAAUAACGACGGCGAGUUAAGUCGUGACGAAUAUGUGUAUUUCCGUCAUCCAGAAGAAAGCAGUAACAAGUUGUUACAGGAGAUAGCUGUGGAUGAAGUGAUUGAUGAAAUGGAUCAAGAUGGUGACAAAAAUAUUGACUUGGAUGAGUUUCUUGGUCAAUAUGUUGACGACGACAAAGAUGAGCCACCAUCUUGGAUUAUUGACGAUAGAAAACAUUUUGCGGACCAGCUCGACCACGACAAAAGUGGUGUAUUGGAACGAGCAGAAAUGAGGGCAUGGGUUCUCCCUAAUAAGAAUGAUACGAUUGUGGAAGCAAACCACCUAAUAAAAGAUGCAGACGAUAAUGGAGAUGGUAAACUUAGCAUUAAAGAGAUUUUAGACCACUAUCAUUUGUUUGUUGGGAGUACAGCUACAGAUCAUGGAAGAGCUCUUCGAGAAGAUCUGUAGUUAAAAGUGAUUCUAGUAUUUAUUUUGUUGUAUUGAGAAAGUUUUAAAUUGUAGAGACAAUGAUGUCUGCGAUGGGAUUGCUGAUAGAGAUUUUACACAGCAUUUUCCUUACAAAAUGUAAAUUCUGACCAGUAACAAAGCAAAUUAAGAAAA